AGGCAGGCUUAAAAUGUAACGCCAGAAGAAAGUAGAAGCGAACUGAGGGGGAGAGGAAAAAGUUCGCAAGGAGAGGCAGGACUACUCUUGGGAGCCCUGCAGUCUCACUUUUAUGUCUCCAAAAUACUUUCCUUCCAGUUUCUUUGCAUCUAGCAAUAUUGUUUAGUAUUAUCACAAGAAUAAUCCGGCUUUGUAAAAACUGAAACGACCAUGGAGCUGCUUUGCCUCGAAAUGGACACCAUUUUAAGAGCUCGUCCUGAUCCGAAUAUUCUGUGUGAUGAUAGGGUAUUACAAAGCCUGUUGACCAUUGAAGAACGAUUUAUUCCCCAAUGUUCUUAUUUCAAGUGCGUUCAGAAAGAUAUUCAGCCAUUUAUGCGGAGGAUGGUUGCUACUUGGAUGCUGGAGGUUUGUGAAGAACAGAAGUGUGAGGAAGAGGUUUUUCCCUUGGCAAUGAACUACUUAGACAGAUUUUUAGCUGUGGUUCCAACCAGAAAGUGUGAUCUGCAACUUCUUGGAGCAGUUUGCAUGUUCCUUGCAUCCAAAUUGAAAGAAACUCGUCCAUUAACUGCAGACAAACUCUGCAUCUACACUGAUAACUCCAUCAGACCACAGGAGCUGCUGGAGUGGGAGCUGGUGGUGUUGGGGAAGUUGAAGUGGAACCUGGCGGCUGUCACACCAAACGACUUCAUCGAACACAUCGUGAGGAAGCUGCCGUUGCCCGAGGACAAGCUGGCGCUGAUACGUAAACAUGUGCAGACCUUCAUCGCCCUCUGUGCCACAGACUUCAAUUUCGCAAUGUACCCCCCAUCGAUGAUCGCCACGGGCAGUGUUGGAGCGGCUAUCUGUGGGCUUCAGCUGGACUCGGGUGACCAGUCUCAGUGGGGGGACAGUCUUACAGACCUGCUGGCCAAAAUCACAAACACAGAAGUGGACUGUCUGAAGGAGUGUCAGGAGCAGAUUGAGAGGGUCUUGGUGAGCAGCCUACGCGAGGGGCGACAGCAACAACAGCAGCAUCAGCAGCAGGUCCAGCAUGGCCCCAGCAGUAAGACCAUGGACGAGCUGGAUCAGUCAAGCACCCCAACAGACGUUCGCGACAUCAACUUGUGAGCCUGCAAGAAGCAGUAGCGCAUCAGAAAUAAGCAACAAAUCAACAUAAAAAAACAACAAAAAACAAACUACCCCUUGAAAAAAGGGCUUUUGUAGAGUUUUUGUAGAGAUUUUUUAUUUUAUAACACAAAAACAUGCGCCCAUUUAUUUUACGAAAUCAAAGCUAUUUUUAGAUAUAAAAUAGAUAUCCUUUAAAAGCUCUGACUUGAUACACGAAAGCUCAAUGGUGCCUCAGAUAUACAGAAGGGAAGCCAAUCAUAUUUUGAGUUCUGUUUUUGAUUGUUUAAUCAUAAUAAAGUUAUAUUGAAUAAGAAACCAAUAGCUAAAUAAGGCUUUUUAAAAAGUAGUGGUGAGUCCAUUCAAGGCUUGCAUAUAUGGGAUCACAUUUGGGGCAAGGUUUUUCUGUUUUGUUUUGUAUUUUUUGUUUUGGUAAAUGUUGGUCUGCCUGAGAUAGGAGCCCCAUAUGGGCUACACUGACCGUGAAUGGCAGGGCUCAAUAUGACAUGGUUUGGCUGUGUGUUGGUGAUAAGGAGAGCACUUUGCAUGAAUUGCAGAGUAUUGUGCUAAGAAAGAGACAAGAAGGGUCCCAAAUCCAGGGAACAGCCAAGUAUAUAAUAGUGAAUUACAUUAUUAUUAUUAUUAAGAAACAUGUUCGUGAAUGAAGAGUAAUAGACGUCAAUAAGCUCUUUUUGUCAGGCUGCUUGUUCGUAUGGGUGUGGGCAUGCAUCUCUGUGUGUGAGUGGGUUGGUGUGAUUGCCGUGUGUGUGUGUGUGUGUGUGUGUGUGUGUGUGUGUGUGUGUGUGUGUGUGUGUGUGUGUGUGUGUGUGUGUGUGUGUGUGUGUGUGUGUGUGUGUGUGUGUGUGUGUGUGUGUGUGUGUGUGUGUGUGUGUGUGUGUGUGUGUGUGUGUGUGUGUGUGUGUGUGUGUGUUGGAGCGUUAUGGCUUGGCACUUGAGUGGGAAGACUAGACUGGUAAUAAACUAUGGAACAGGCAGGAGACAGGGAUUAUUUGCAGGGCAUCUAUGUUAUAUCACUGCCGUCAGUUAAUAUGUGUUGUCGGCCAACAAAAAUCUGGGGAUCUGAGUCCACUUAGUGGGUGGAGGAACGGUGAAAGGGAUGGAGAGAGGGGUGGCUAUGCUCCUUCGUUUUGUCUAGAAGAGUCAGCCGUGGACCCUCUGUUUAGAAGUUUCAUUUUGAGGUGUUUGAUUUUCACUGCCAACAUACCAAUCAAAUAUUGCCAGAUAGCGUUUGUAUUUUCAUGUUAUUGUUUUGUUCUUUUGGAGUUAUGGAAGGAGCUUCAGGCUGCUUAGUGUCGGUAAGGAGUGUGUGCCUCUCUAAGUGGUGCCCUAGUAUCUCAGAUGAGAGGAGAGGAGGGAUCCCUGUGGUGGAUGGAAGGGGUUGGGGGUGAACAGGUGUAGAAAGGGUUUGUUGCGCUGCAGAAGCAAGCUGCUGUGUAGAGGGAGGAAAUGUAGGUGAGUUGCUGUAAGAUACAGCAGAGGAGCCUAAUGGCCUCAAAUGAUAUCUAUCAGAUUUCUGCGUUUUGGGCAGAUCGAGGCCACAGAUGACGAAUUAGGAUGAAUACCAGACUUUACGCUGCCAGCUCAUUAUUUGAGAAUUAACUUUAUUGGUUCAUUAGAGGACAGAGAAAUGUAUUGGAGCAGGGGACGAUUUGUGAUCAUUGCAUCUGUAGUCCCUCAUAGUUGUUUCAACACGCCUAUGAUUUCAACAGCAAAGCACUUAGAAAACAUGCUCCCCAAGGGACAAAUUAAAUGGUUACAGUGUGGGAGUCUAUGGAUGUUUUCUGUUUUCUUGUGAUCUUUUUCUUUGAUUUAAUUUGUAGGGCUGGUUUCCCCACAUUGAGGCCUAACACCUUACGAUAUGAGGACAUUCCGAUCUAAAAACAUUCCGAAAAGUGCAAGAUGAAAGGGCCAUCUGACCAUUUCAUGUGUUUUAGCAAAUAAUUAAUGCCAAUUUCAAAGAUUCUAGAGACCUUUAUUGAUUUCAGUUUUAUAAUUUUGUUUUAGAAGUUAUCACAUUAUGAAAUAUUUGUUAUACUUGAAUUUUCUAUUUGAUCUGCUUCACAGCAACAAAAAAAGUCAAAUGGGUGAUGAACUAUAAAGAAAAUGUCACCAUAACAUCAGAUUUUUGCACAUGUUCUGAGGGCAAUUGAGGUUUUCUUUCAAACAAAUUAAACUGGUCUAUAUUCAAGGCUACCUUAUUGAUAGUUUUGCUCGUAGAACCUGGCCUAUUGUCUAUGGGGAAACCCCUGUGUAGCUGUCUCUGUGUGAACCCCUCUUCUUCCAAGUGAUUGCUGCUUCAGUCACUUCAUUGGCAUGGGGUUCAAUCAGUUACCCAAACGUCAGAAUUCAACAAAUUCACUUCCAAGACUGACAACAGGGUACAUCGCCAACACAAGGUAGCUUUCCUUUGACUCACACAAAAUUCUCAAUGCUACAUUUAAAGGGGGCUUUGGUGUGUGUGCGCAUGUGUGUGCUUGAGUGUUUGUUUGUGUGUACGUGAGUAUGUGUGUGGUAGGUAGGUAUGAGGGGAAGUUGAGGAUUCAGUGUUUUAGCAGGCUAAUGUUUUCAAGAAACAAAUCUUAUAAACCAGGCCAUCUUCAACCUCUCAACAAAACUAGCCCCUGUUCAUCAUUGCCAAGAAUGUCAGCCUUUUUUUGUUUUUUGCAAGCUCUAUUCUGAGCAAAGAUUAUGAUUUGUUUAGUUUUUGGACUGUUAGGUUUGAAUUUGUAAAUCCACCUCAAAGUUGUGUUUGUUUUAUUUUAUGGGGUGUCCAGACCUAAUGGAGUUUGUGGAGUGUUUGUAAGGGGUUAGAUACUGUAUUCCAAAGUGAAGAGAGAUGGAGGUGGUGUGAAGACAUCAUAAAGUGUCAAUAUUUGUAUUGAGUUAUUAUUAUUGUCUUUUUGCGCUGCUAAAAGCUAUGAUUUUGUUUCAUUCUUAUAUAUAAAAAAAAUAACAUGACUUAGUUGUGAUGUCACUUGAGUGUGCUGCUAUUUUAUAAACAUUUGUAUUAUAAUAUAAUGAUUUUACCGCUUAAGAGAUACAUUCAGAAUACUGAAGUAGAUGGUAAUAGAAGAACAUGAAAUAAGUAUUCGACUGGAAAUGUUCUUUGUACAGGUUGCUUAGAUAGCAUGUUUUCUUUUCAAUUUCAUCUAUUUUGCUCUCCUUUCUCUGUCACAUUCUGCAAAUGCGGUAUCUCUAUACCUCAGGUUUACUGGACAAAAAAAAAUCAUAUCUCAAUACCUCACAACUCUACAGUUUUUAGGGAGCCUGGGAAGGGUAACAGUACAGUAGGAAGCACAGUAGUUUGUCUGUUGUGAAAUGUACUGACCGUGUUGGGUGGCACACAUGCAAGGCUCCCACCUGGACUUAAACCCUAGUGGAUGGGACACAACAACCAGUCACCACUUCCUCGGUCAGUUUAAAGUGAUACCAUGUUCAUUGUGGUGCUAAAUGUGACAUUCAUGUGACAUUCAUUGCAAAGACAAAUGUGAAAAUGUCUUGAGUAUAUGGCUUGUACCAAUUACAUUGAAUGUCAAUAGAUUUCUGUUCCUAAACUUAAUUUGAUGAGCUUAGUUGAUCUGGUAUGUGCCAGGUUCUAUUGUCUGGAAAACUUAUACAAAAUGGCUAAACCAAUCAAUCAAACACCUCACCACAUACUGUAUCUGACAUGAGGAAGUGUGUUUCAACAGCGUGGAUUUGUCUUUAGUUGUCCCCAUCCACUAUAAAUUACAUCAUGUACCUCAGAAAUGUCUGUUGCACAACCGCUGUUCAAUAAACUUCUGCUUUAAAGAGUGUGACACCAUAUCAGUCCAAUGUUAUUCUCACUUCUGUUUUCUUUUUGUAUGUCAUUAUGGUUAGUGGAGCAGAUUGUGAGAUGUGAUUGUGAACAGACAGUGAGGUGAACAUUAGAGGUUGCUGUAGUCAUGAAACCAAGAGGACUGGGGAGAUGUUAGUGGAGUGGAGCUGAGAUUGUGUGGCAGGCCGCAGUCUUGUUUUAAAAACAAAAGCUAAGAUGACGGACAUCAUGUUUACCCCCUGCUUGAACCAAAAUCUCCCAUUAAGAACGUAGAUGGCUUAAAUCAAUUGGAUGGUAGACAAACAAAUGAGGUGAUUGUGGUUAUUUAUAUUGCUUCCCCUGUAUGACAUCCUUUUAAACACACUCUAAUCAGUCCAGUUUCAGGCAAGUGGGGGAUUGGUGUCUGAGUUUGUCCUCUUACUCUGGGACCCUAAGGCACUCUUAUACAGCUUGUGAGGCUGUUUUUUUGGGGGGGGCUGGAUCAUGUAGGCCUAGUAAGUGAAUAAGUUGGUUUCAAAGUUCUGUAUUGACAACUUCUGUUCAUGAUUAAUCAGCUCUAUAUUGGUCUGUUUGAAAGGAUCAGUUAAAGUGUUGUUAAGGAUCAAGGCACGCUGUAUGAUCAAUAAACUCACCAUGAAUGAAA